CUGAUUCGGUGUGUGUGCGAGGCUCUCCACCCCACCCAGUUGUCUCAGUUGCAAUCGUGGUGGAUUUGGUCUGAAAUACACCCAAGCAGAACACAUGAUUGAUGGAGGGGGAUAACUGAGCAGCUGCCUGUACAUACCAUGAAAUUGCCAGUAGUCCCUCAGGUCCUCGUAACUGGUGCGGCACACACACGCGUCUACCGACUUGCCCUUCACCAGAUAAGCUGCACGGACAGACGUGUACAGUACGAGAUGCGAAAUGCACACAGCUCGUGUGCAUCUAAUCAUGCUUACCGUCUUUCUGAAGGCAUGUGAAUGUCGAGUCCACCUGUUCUGCGAACCCUGCCACGAGUGGGUCGGUCACAACCUGGGCGAUGGCUUGGAUGUUAUUCUCGUCGCAGUAUUCGCUUGUGCCCUUCCCAGUGAAGCCCGCCACGGCGUGGGUCAGGCCUGCACGAGUGAUCAAUGGCACGAAAGCACAGCCCAGCUCCUAUCAUCGUGAAUCAACGCAUCCCUACCGUAGGCUUGAAAAAGCAUGUCGAUGACACCGUCGACUCCAGAGUCAACACCAAUAUUCACUCGAUUCGCACGCCAGUGGUCCGUCGCCAUGGCUGUCGACAAACAAACACAACUGGACAAAGGACCUCCCUCCCCGGCAAUCACUGCAUUCUCACCGGCAAUCAUGAGGAUGGCGGCGCAGAAGGCAAGGAUGGUACCGACAAGCCCAAGGAUCUUCAUCGUUGCUUCGUUUUCAGAUCAUUCAGUUUUUCUCUCUCCCCUCUGUUUUGGGAACAAGUGGGACGUCCCAGACCCAUGC